AUGUCCUACGAUAAAACGACAGUGCUGUUGGUACGCAAUUUGCCACAGUCGGUUGAGGAUUAUAUCGAAGUCCGCAUUGCUAUUAUGGGAAACGUCGAUGCAGGAAAAAGUACACUCUUGGGCGUGCUAACGAAGGGGGGUCUUGAUGAUGGACGUGGGCGUGCGCGAGUCGACUUGUUUAGGCACAAACACGAAAUUGAAUCUGGCCGCACUAGCAGCAUCGGUUCUGAGGUUAUGGGCUUCCAAGCAGAUGGAAAGCCUGUUGUGGAAGUUCAAACACUUGAUGAACCCAUUCGCAAAAUUGCGUGUGGGGAGGUAUGCGCACACUCAGCCAAAGUGAUUUCGUUCAUUGAUUUGGCCGGUCACGAGCGAUAUCUUAAGACGACUGUAUUCGGGAUGACAAGUGGACUUCCUGACUAUGUGAUCCUCAUGGUUGGAGCGAAUGCAGGACUCGUGGGAAUGAGCAAAGAGCAUCUCGGCAUAGCGCUCGCGCUCGGCAUCCCUGUCGCAGUCGUUGUCACAAAGGUUGACAUGUGCCCGCCGCAAGUGCUCGAGACCACAAUGCAGCAGCUUAACAAAGUUCUACAGUCCCCUGGAUGCAGGAAGACAUGUAUAUUGAUCAAUUCGGCAGCCCAAGCCAUUGACGUUGCGCUCCAGUUGCCUGUGAAACGGAUUUGUCCCAUCUUCCAGAUCAGCAACGUGACUGGAGAGCGUCUGGAUUUGCUCCGUCUUUUCUUGAACUUAUUGCCAUCGAGCCAGGCAAAGUUUGCACCAUUGCGCUCAGCGCCUGUGGAAAUGCCCAUCAAUGACGUAUUCAGUGUGCCAUUCGUCGGCACAGUCGUGUCUGGCGUACUGAAAUCUGGUGUUGUCAAGACAGGCGACUCCUUACUAUUGGGGCCAGACAGCCUGGGGCAAUUUACCGUCACGUCCGUCCGCUCAAUCCACCGGAAGCGUAUCAAUGUCGAAUGUGCAAGUGCAGGACAGUCUGUAUGCUUUGCACUCAAGCGCGUUCGGCGGAAUCAAGUCCGGAAAGGCAUGUUGCUGAUCUCACAAACAAGCACCCCACCUGUUGCUUGUCAGGAGUUUGAAGCAGAGGUGUUAUGUUUGUACCACUCAACGACUCUGUCUGUCGGCUCGUGCAUUGUGCUACAUGCGUCGAGUGUGCGCCAAACGGUCAAGAUAAUGGCUAUCAACAAGCUCGACGCUGCAAAACAAAAACAGCCACAGUCAUUUUCGCUACAAGCAGCAGACGAUGCUAAGCCGGUCCUCCGCAUGGGCGAUCGCGCACGUGUUCAGCUACGAUUUAUGUCAAAGACCGAAUAUCUCACUCCGGGGACCAAGUUGAUUGCUCGUGAAGGUAAGACAAAACUAGUCGGAAUUGUCCGCACCAUUGGGAACCAGGAUGUGCUGGCAUCGGGAGCGGGACCACGUUAUGAAGAUCACAAGAGCAGCACUUGGCGCGAUAAUGGAAAUGGGUCAAAGCAUUUGGUUGCUACACCACAACUUUCAGGUGCGGCAUGA